AUGGUUGGUUGCAGGUCAACACACCAUCAAAUAAGAGGCCACACAUCUUUGGUGUCUAACUUCCAAAUAAAUGUUAAAAAUAAGAAAUGGAUCAUUGAAGAUGAUUUGUCGGCGACGCAUGCGCACUAUCUAUACAAGACCCUCAACUCUUUGGCGCCGCAAUUGGAAGAUAAAUCAGUAUUUAGGAAACAUACUCUAUCACAGGAUGGGAAUAAUGAAGAAUUGUGUCAAAUGAUGCCAAACGAAAUCAUCCCAUUGGGAUAUCUGUUUGUAUAUUUCAACCCCCUGAAUGAUGAGCUGAUUCUUGGGGUUGAUGGAUACGACAACCAUCAAGCUCCUGUGGAUCCAAAGAAAACUGAGGGGUCUGAAGAGUUGUUCAAAAGAAGAAUGUGGGUCGGAGGGCAUCUUGUAUUCAAUAAUGAGAAUCCUUUAAGAUUCAACCAAGUGGCAACGUGUAUCGAGCUGGUGGAUAAGAUCAAACCAGCCGGAAAUAGUGUAUUUGUGAACAUUGAUCGGAAAUUUUUCAAUUCCACGGAUAUGAGUAUGAGGGAAUCAAGAACGUUGAUUUACACAAAUGAUUUGUUCGAUCUUGAUAAACUAAAGAAUACUGCAACCGUUACUUCAGAAUCGAAAAAAUAUGGUACAGCAGAACAUCAGAUGACCCUAAAGUUGACCGAAUCGUUUCUAUUCAGGUACUCAGCCCUAACGUUCAACGCCCACAAAAUACAUUACGAUAUCAAUUACAGCACGCAGGUCGAGAAAUAUCCGUCAAUUUUGGUCCAAGGACCUCUAACUGUUACUCUUCUAUUGCAAUGGUUUUCCCAUAUCAGCCCAGGAUCUCGGGUGCUCAAGUUUAGCUAUAAGAAUAAGUUCCCAUUGUUUGUUACUGAUUCGUUGACUUUCAAAUGUAAUCAGGUGGAUGAUAAUCAGUUUAACGUAUGGGUCGAGAACGAUAAUGGAGUAUUGUGUUGUGAUGGUAAAGUUGUAGUAGAAUAG